CGCAUCCCCCACGCGUUCUUUGGACGUCGGGCGUGUUCAUCGUCGAGUCACCGCCCCGGUGUCCGCCGCAGCGUCGUCUCAGACCGACGACAAUGGAGUCUACUGGAUAACGCAAAGGCUCGCUGGGGCGAUGGUGGCGGGCGCGCUGACGCUGACCUCGUGCGGACCGGCUGCGGCGGAGGCUGGCCAGAAGCCUCCCCCCGUGAUCGAUAUGCCCGGUGGGUGUACCCUCGAGGCUUUAGACCUGUUCAAGGACACGCGCGCCAAGUUCUCCCUGGAGGUGGGCACAGGGGCGUUGCCCGAAGCUGUGUUGGACCUCGGAGGAUGUGACUACUCGGGACAGGACCUGUCGGGGAAGAUUCUGAGCGGGGUGAUAGCCACCGGCGCCAACUUCUCCAACGCCACGCUCGUCGGCGCGGAGAUGAGCAGGGCGAAGGGGCAGGACGCGAUCUUUACCGGUGCCGACAUGAGGAGCGUCAACGCUUACGAGGUGAACUUCGGCGGGUCUGAUUUGACGAACGUCGAUUUCGACAACGCCAUACUCACCAAUGCUCGAUUCGGUAAGGGGAAGGGCGGGGAGUGGGCAAAGUUGGGGGGGGCAAACUGGGAAGGCGCGCUGCUGAGCAGCUCGGACGCGCAGAGGGUGUGCGAGAACCCGACGGUGGAUGAUUACGGGAAGGCGAUUCUCGGAUGCAAGUGAGAUUAGAUUAUGCGCAUCGGCGCCGUUGAUGAACGAGAGUUGAAUUGUU